AUGGCUCAAUUCUAUUUGGGUCCGGUUAUGCUGCCCUACGACAAUAUGUUUUCUGGCGAGUUAUGCUCCUAUCCGGAAUGCCAAACUCUCGUCAGGCUGACGAAAGUCGAGGUCAAUUUGGGCCCAGUUCGUCUUCUUGAUAGACGCCGUCAGUCUUUCUGGCCACUCCGACCGCAGUCACACUCUCUUGCGGCAAACCAACCUCUUUUCCAAGCCGCCCCUUGGCGUCCUGGCACCCUGAGACCUCGUGACCUCUUCACUUUUCUAUGGUACCCCGUUCUAUGUCUACCGGUCAGCCCUUCUCAACACUUCGCCCAAAAAGUCGCCUGCUUUUCGGCCAGCUCCAACACCUCACGCCCCAGCUGCCUCCAGUCGCCUAAGCCAGCCGACCAGUCCUGUCCGCCCAGUCAACAACACGGCCAAGAAUGCAGCUGUAGAUCGCAAGACGUUUCCAAUUGCCAUGUGUUUUCCCAGGCGUUUCACUUUUUUCAAUCAGUUUAG